CUAUAUAUCCUGGCAUCCUGCAUCCUUAAGCUUCCCAUAGAACUCCUCUGCAACCUCAAUCUAUCACCGUUGAUCCUGCCUACUAAAAUCCACCCGUGACACUUAAUCCUUAAUUGCUCCCAAAUUUCUGGGCUUUCAAAGAGGUAAGUCCUCACUCUCAGUAACAACUUCCGAAAGCCUACUUUGGAUCUCCACUAUACUGUCUGAUCUUGCACUUGGCCAAUACCAUUCCCCAUCUCGAAUGAUAGAUGAUAGCCACUUUGGAUCUCCACUAUCCUAUACUGUCUGAUCUCACACGUCCAAUAAUUUUUAGACUUUAAUUGCACUAUAAGAUUGUAGCGGGUGUUUGUUCAGCCUUGUGUUUUCUUUUCUCCUCUUCUCUUCUCUUCUCUUCUUCAUGGCUUCCAAACAAUUCCAUGUUAUGAUGUUCCCAUGGAUGGCAUUUGGCCAUAUGAUCCCAUUUCUUGAGUUAUCCAAGAAGUUAGCAGCAAAGGGUAUUCGGAUUUCCUUCCUUUCCACCCAAAGAAACGUUCAGAGGUUGCCUCCCAUACCUCCAGAUUUAGCAGACAACAUAAAAAUGGUGGAGCUCCCACUGCCUUCAGUCGAUGGCCUGCCGGAAAAUUGUGAGGCUUCCGUCGACUUGCAAGGCGAGCAGAUUCCGUAUCUGAAGAAGGCGUGUGAUGGGUUAAAGGCACCAAUUGAAAAGCUAAUGCAAAAGGAUCUCCCAGACUUCAUUCUAUUUGAUGUCGUCCAGAGCUGGAUCCCUGAAACUGCCGCUAAAUUUGGUGUGCCUUGUGUCCUUUUCAGUGCGUUUUCUGCUUGUGCAGCAGCCUUCGCUGGGCCACCUGCUGAGCUGAAGUCCCUCAACCAACGAACAAAACCUGAAGAUUUCACGGUGCCACCAAAAUGGAUUCCUUUCCCUUCUCUUGUCUCCUACAGGCCUGAUCAGGCGGCAGCAUAUUUACAACAUUUUUACUCCCCUGACAUAACUGGCUUGACAGCCGGCCAACGCAUCGCUACAAUUCUGGAAGGCUGCGACUUUGUUGCAGUAAGAAGCUGCCUGGAGUUCGAAAGAGCAUAUCUGCAUGUCUUUGAAGAAAUCUUACGGAAGCCAGUUUUGCCUGUCGGAUUACUCCCUCCAAGGUCUGUGAAGAACAGUCAUGUCGACCACAAGUUUUCUGCUACUUUCAACUGGCUGGACAAACAGAGACCGAAGUCUGUGGUUUUUGUCGGAUUCGGCACCGAGUACAAAAUGCCUGUUGAACGAGUCCAUGAAUUGGCAUACGGGCUUGAACUCUCCAAGCUUCCUUUUCUAUGGAUUCUCAGAAAUCCCGAUGGACUAAGUAGCUCAGAACUAUUGCCUGGUGGGUUUUUGGAUCGUAUCUCUGACAAAGGCAUGGUUUCUCUUGGUUGGGCUCCACAGGUGGAAAUUCUGGCUCACCCUUCAAUUGGAGGGUGUCUCUUCCACGCCGGGUGGGGUUCUAUUAUCGAGUCACUUGGUUUUGGACACCCACAAAUUCUGAUGCCCAUGGUGGCGGACCAGAAUCUGAAUGCUAAGCUAUUAGUCGAGAAGGGUAUUGGCCUUGAGGUUCAGAUGAACAAAGAUGGCUCGUUCGACCGAGAUGCCAUUGCCAAGUCCACGAGGCAGGUGAUGGUAGACACAGAAGGAGAGGCACUAAGACUGAAGGCAGCUCAGAUUCAAGGAGUUUUUGCCAACCAAGACCUUCAUGAGAACUACGUAAACAAUCUCAUUCAGUUCAUGACCUCUUAUAAGAAAAAAGAAAAGGAUCAUCAAACGCCUAUAUAUAGAAGAUGCUAAGAAGUGCUGAAUAAAAGAGAAAUGAUUGUUGUACAACUCUUGUAUAACUUCAAUAACUUUUUUUAAACUAACCAUUAGAUCUUUUUCAGAUGUGUUAUUUACACAUCACCUUAGUGUACAACAGGUUUACACUAAGGUAAUGUACAAGAAUCAUUAGCCAGAUGUGUUUCCCUACAUAUGUGUCCUACAUAUCCAAUGGUUGAUUUUAAAAAAAGUUGAAAUUGUACAGAAGUUGUAAACGUAUCAUAUCUCUUAUCCUUUACUGUUGUGAAUGUGUUUAAUGUUCAAUAAACUUUAGGCAUUGCAAGCA